AUUAUGUAUUUUUGGUUCACAGGCCACCAGAUGAAUUUGGACAAAGAGCUGUUGAAGUGGAUAGCACUUCUGAUCUUGACGAAGCAGAUGGUGUAAUGCCUAGUUUUUAUAAAUUCUGUGCCAAAACUGCUACAGGAGUGUUUGACAAAACCAUCCAUACCAUAAAAACUGCCCUACCCACCAAUAGCCAAGGCGUAGAGCAGUCCGACAAUGCCUGGAUUUUCAUACAGAGUGAACAAAAUGAAGCUGACAUUCUCACCAGAAUGAAGAAGUUAUUGACAGAGAGGAAAGACUACUGCACGUUAGAUACAGAUAUUGAUACAGCUUAUGAAGCUAUCGAUUCCUUGGAUGCAUUUCAACAAGCCUCGUUUUCUCCUGAUAUGGAUUUUGAAGAUGAACUGGAUGAUUUUGAGGCAAAACUUCCCAUUACAAAAGCGUUGAUAGAUAGUAUGUGCGAGCUGCUGGCCGACUCAGAUUCACCUCUCAUCCAAGAACCUUUAGUGAAAACUUUGAUGCUGAUUGUAGGCAAUGUUCUGGAAGAAUUCAUCAAUUCUGAAGUUGAUGGUGCCAUAGCAGAUUUGUGUGUUAACUUGUUCAGAAUACCAGAGCUGUCGAAUCAGGAUACACUGUUUCUAGAGCUAGAUGAUUUUGUUGAGAUCAUGAUGAAAAAUCUUCCUGAUGCCAUUAAACUUGUUUUUGGGCAAGCGACCCUCUACAAAGCUGUUACGUUACUUGUGUCAUCACUUCAAAAUGAAAAACUCAACGAGGAUGUUAUUUUACAAAUAUUUGAACUCAUUGUGAUGAAGUUAAUGGAAGAGAGCAGUCGGUCUUCGCCUCCAGCUUCGGCGUAAUUUUGCACAUCUUUUUUUUUUUAGUUUCAACCAAUAGAAUAGUACCUCAUGAAUUUACCAGUGAUCAAAAUGACUUUCUCUUGGUGCCCUUACUUUCUUUACUCCAAACUUUCGAUAGGUUAGAUCAGAUAACCAGAACAGAAAGCUUAAAUGAACAAAUUUUCUCAGUUACCUUUUUGAUCAUUCCCAUAUUGACU